UGUAAACAAAUCCUAAUUCGAACGAAAAAAAUAACAUACGUCGAAAAUCAGUGAGCAUAAAAAAGCUCCUUCRCCCAGCUCCUUCAACAAACUUCGUCUUUUCUCAUAGAUAUGGCAAAUAAUGGUAAUAGUGAAACAUCAAGCGAGUCGUUAAACGGCUCAUGGGUUAACCUAGACACUUCACUUCGAAAUGGAAACAGUGUUCAUCAUUCUCCAACUGGUUCGCAAUCAGGAGCAAUGGAAGAUCUUCUUGCAGAAGCUGUAGAGGAUCAUUAUCGACAAAAUUCGAACGGCGAAAAGAGCCCAUUACAAAGCCCAGGUCAAGACUUUCCUCAGGAGUCAGUUUCAGUAUUACCACAACAAACAAAGACAGACUGGAUCUGGGAAUGGUCAAGUGGCAUUGAACGACAUCCACCAAAGGAGUGGAAACUAAGACAUCCAAAGAGUGCAAAGAAAAMUCCAUCUCGUACAAAUCUGAGCUUAAGAAAAACAAAGGUUAUGAAGAGUGACCUUCUGAAUGUCAACCUCUACAUUGUUGUGCCAACAAUUGUCAUCACUCAUCUUGUUGCAUUUGGAAUAGGAAUGUAUAUUGGGAAAAAGAUGGCUGUUGUCCAAAGCACAUAAUAGAAAGAAAACAAAUUGAUGGACAAACCAACUACAUUCAACAUAUUAAUCGUCAUUAUUUAUCACUGAGAGAGUCAGCAGACUGCAUGACACUUACAGAAAAUUGCAACACUCUACUCAACUCUACUCAAUCACUGCAAUCAAGUGAAUUUAAUGUUCUGGAUUUAAGCACCUAUAAAUAAUAGUUUUCAACAACUUAAAAUCUUAUCAAUUUUAACGCACAAGGUGGUUUUUAAAGCACAGCCCUUCAAAAAACACUUGUGAGUCUCAUAAAAGUGUUGUUUUUCUUCUACUUUCACAGUUAUAAUAAUUUUUAUUAGAUUUAGAAAAAAGUCAUUAGUUUUUAAAGACGAUGCAUGAUUGUUGGUCACUUAAUGUUUUAACUGGAGCUGCAUGUCACUUGUUCCUAAAAGGAACAGUUAUUAUUUGUAUGCUUGUCAUCAUAUGAGUUGUUAGUAUUUAUAACCAUUUCAGCAUGCUUAUUUUUUUGGCUUAUGUCAAAUGAAAUUCCUCCUUUUUGUAUUUGAAUGAAUAACGGUUACCCAAAUUUGGGUUGUGACCACGUUGUCUCAGUGUUUAAAAAUAUAGCCUCAAGUAAGGUAUUUCUGCAAAUAGGCUGGAUUCCGCAUUCUGUGGGACAUCUUCCKUAUCCCGGUCAUUCAUAUUCCAGUUAUUCUCGUUGUUCUACAGUUAUCCGGAUUCGGGAGUUGGAAUCCCAGGAUCCGGAUUCCAGAGUUAUARRUUUUUCUUGGAUUAUGACUACAUUUCUUAAAAAUUUAGCUCAACGCCGAGGCGAUAAAUAGCAUUAUGCUUUAUUAAACUGUAAAUCAGCAAUCUA